AGUAUAAUUAAAUACCAUUUUAAGAGAUUAAGUACCAUUAAAGAACAAGAAAUGGACGGUCCUGGUACAACAGUUGACCUUCUCCUGAAAAGAAAGUGGUCUGCAACCAAUUGGCCACAACAAAAACGGCUUGACAAAGUUGCAACAGACACAACAAUGGAAACAGAGUACUAAAAGCUGCCUUGAAAAUCUGCAAAAAUCUGACAUGUUUGCAGGUAUAUUUCUGAGAAUGGGGGCAGCUUUAAGAUCAAUGUAUGUGAACAGCAAGUAUGAAGAAGUCCGAGAAGAAUGGGAGGAAGAUUACAGUCCUCAGAGGUUUUCUUACAAAGCUCUUUACAAAGCCACCAAAGGGUUCAAAGAGAGCGAGUUAUUCGGUACAGAGGCUAAUGGGACAGUUUACAAAGGAAAGCUCUCUUCUAAUGCACAGAUUGCUGUAAAGAGAGUUUCUUUAGAUGCAGAACAAGAUACCAAACACCUUGUUUCUCAGAUUGUUGGUAUUGGGAAGUUAAGGCACAAGAAUCUUGUGCAGCUUUUAGGAUACUGCAGAAGAAAAGGUGAAUUACUCUUGGUCUAUGAUUAUAUGCCUUAUGGAAAUCUUGACGAUUUCUUGUUUAAUGAAGAAAGGCCUAACCUUAGUUGGUCUCAAAGGUUUCACAUUAUCAAAGGAGUGGCUUCAGCUCUUCUAUAUUUGCACGAACAGAUCGUUCUCCACCGAGAUGUAAAAGCCGCAAAUGUACUCUUGGAUGAGGAUUUAAACGGGCGGCUAGAUUUCGGUCUAGCUAGAUUUGGUACAAACAGGAAUCCAAUGCUUGGAAGCGUAGGGUAUGUGGCUCCAGAGCUUAUAAUAACAGGAAUGCCGACAACCAAAGCCGAUGUUUAUUCAUUCGGGGCAUUACUACUUGAGUUUGCUUGUGGAAGAAUGUUCAUUGAGUAUCCCGGGAAGCCUGAAGAGUUUAACCUGAUCAGCUGGGUGUGUCAAUGCUGGAAAAGAGGGAACUUAGUUGGCGCCCGAGACGCUAGAUUGGAAGGAGACUACGUCUGCAAGGAGAUAGAGAUGGUACUAAAGCUUGGACUACUAUGUGCACAGUACAAUCCAGAGGACAGGCCUAGUAUGUCCCAAGUGGUAAACUAUCUUGAAGGAAAUGAUGUUUUGCCUGAGAUGCCUCCAGACACUCCUGGGAUCAGUAUUCCAACACCGUACAACGAAGUUCUUGCGUAGCAGCACUUCGUCUAGUCCCCGGAAAGAACAGAACAGUCCACUUCUCUCAAGAACCUACAAAAAUACGGUAUAAUCUUGGAAACAUUUCUUUACAGUUUGUCCACAUUCUUUAUGUCACUAUGUAUACAAUGAAAGAUCAAAUACAAAACACUAUGGUCAGGAAACGCUUGUAAUGUUAUAAAUUUAUAAUGGCAUGAAAAUAUUCAACAAAAGUGUUACAAUCAUGUUCACAAGUAGAGUUUUCCUAUAAUUUCUAGUUAGCAGUUUUGUCAUAUUUUGUUUUAAGAUAUAAAUAAAUUUUUAUAUAAUUCUUAUUAGCAGCUUUUGAUUUCUAGUACGAAUCUUGAAUCGUG